AUGCCAAAUAUCCUAAAAUAUACCUUAAUUUAAAUCCGAAAAAGAAAAAAAAACAACAGUUAAAUAAACAACGAAUUAAUGUAGCAUAGUGGCUAGUGCAGACUGGACCUAAAGUGGCUAGUGAUGGCACAUAAUUUUCACCGCUUUUCAACUCCUCUCUCCCGCCGUCUUUCUUCUUCUUCAUUCAGUACCGACGCCACCACCACCACCACCAAAGGCAAAGUUCCUCUUCUUUACAAAAGCCCAGAAUUUAACCAAGACACCCAAAAUGAAGCUGUAACACUCCAAGUCCUUUCAUGGGGCAGAGGGGCAUCAGGCCAACUAGGCGGCGGCAUUGAAGAAAUCAGAAUAUACCCAUCACCGGUAGCCAAUCUCCUCUUUCCACCUGCCUCGUUUUCUCUCUCCCCAACCCCAGGUAAAAUCUUUAAUCAACGGCAGAACCAAAUCCAAAAGGGAGAAACUUUGCCUUCAGUUGGGAUUUCUUGUGGGUUGUUCCAUUCGGGUUUGGUUGUUGAUGGAAAGUUGUGGAUGUGGGGAAAAGGUGAAGGAGGUCGUCUUGGUUUUGGCCAUGAAAAUCCUGCUUUUUUGCCUACUUUGAAUCCUUACCUGGAUUCUGUUUCCUCUGUUGCUCUCGGUGGACUUCACUCUGUAGCUCUUACUUCCCUUGGAGAGGUGUUUACUUGGGGUUAUGGGGGUUUUGGUGCACUCGGGCAUCACGUUUAUCAUAGAGAACUUAUCCCAAGAUUGUUAGAAGGCAAUUGGAGUGAAAACAUACGUCAUAUUUCAACUAGUGGGACACAUACUGCUGCUAUCACUGAAUCAGGAGACUUAUACACUUGGGGCCGAGAGGAAGGGGAUGGCAGAUUAGGCCUUGGUCCUGGUCGGGGCCCAAAUGAGGGAGGUGGACUUAGUAUCCCUUCCAAAGUGAAAGAAUUACCUACUCCUAUUGCUGCAGUUUCCUGUGGCGGUUUCUUCACAAUGGCAUUGACGGAGGAGGGACAGCUUUGGAACUGGGGUGCAAAUUCCAACUAUGAGCUUGGAACAGGUGAUAAGGUUGGUGGUUGGAAACCUAAACCACUUCCUACCCUUGAAAGUACUCGUAUCAUUCAGAUAGCAAGUGGUGGAUAUCACUCUCUUGCAUUAACAUGCGAAGGUAAAGUACUUUCGUGGGGCCAUGGUGGACAUGGUCAGUUGGGUCAUUCUUCUAUACAGAAUCAGAAAAUUCCUGUAAUGAUUGAAGCUUUGGCUGACAAGCAUGUUGUCGAUAUUGCCUGUGGAGGUUCAUCUUCAGCAGCUAUAACCGAAGAAGGAAAGUUGUACAUGUGGGGGAAUGCGAAAGAUUCUCAACUGGGAGUUCCUGGGCUACCGGAGGUUCAACCAAGUCCUGUUGAAGUGAAUUUUCUAACGGAGGAUGAUGGAUUGGGACCCCACAAUGUGCUAUCUGUUGCAGUCGGUGCUUGUCAUGCCAUGUGUUUAGUCUUGAGAUCACACUGUUAAAGAUGAUCUGAUGCAGGUAAGACCUCUUCAGCUAAAAAACUUGAGGAAUGAAUCUUUUGCAAGAGAGCUGCAAUAUUGUUUUGGGGGGACAAAAAGAGUUCCAAGGUUGAGUGCAUGCCAAAAUGUUUCUGAAUGAGGUAAUUGGGCAACAGCAUUAAAGAAGGUGACAUGGAUCUGCAAUUGCUAGAGGUUGCUGCCUCUGGCUGGCAUGUUACAUAUUGAGUCAUCUGAUAUUUGCUGCCUGAUGGCCAGUAUAAACUGCUGUUGCACGGAUUGGGUGUUCAGUUAAAACAAAUUGGUUAGAGUAAAAGCAGCUUUCAGUAUUUAAGCCGUUGUCACUAUGAGCUUAUGAGGUCUGCUCAUCAUUUCUGUUCAGUCUCAUGUGCAUCUGUUGUGUCAGUAAUAUCCUUUAUACGCUAUGUAACAUCUCAGUGACACGGAGGUGUAUUUUUGCUUGCUGCUAAUUUAAUCUCCCCUUAUUUAACAAAA